AUGGCCAGCAUCACUACACAGACGUUAAUCGAGCACGAGACAAUUCGGCUGAAGAAUGCUCAUAUCACAAGUCCUGUCGAGAUCCUGGAUGUGGAUAAAGGAACACCGGAUGAGCAUGUACCGCGCGAUCCACGAUUGAUUCGGUUGACCGGCGUUCAUCCAUUCAAUGUAGAGCCGCCGUUGACGGCGCUGUACAAUGAAGGCUUCCUCACGAGUCCGGAACUAUUUUAUGUUCGAAACCAUGGCCCGGUGCCACAAGUUCGCGACGAAGAUAUCCCAGAUUGGGAAAUCAGUAUAGAAGGGCUGGUCGAGAAGCCUUUAGUUCUGACUUUCCGUGAAGUCCUCCAGAAAUACGACCAGAUCACCGCGCCCAUCACACUCGUCUGUGCUGGCAACAGACGAAAGGAGCAGAACAUAGUCCGGAAGUCUAAGGGGUUCUCCUGGGGAGCGGCUGGGUUAUCAACGGCUCUAUUCACAGGACCGAUGAUGGCGGAUAUUCUGCGCAGUGCGAAGCCACUUCGUCGAGCGAAGUAUGUUUGUAUGGAGGGAGCUGAUAAACUGCCAAAUGGAUUCUACGGGACUUCGGUCAAAUUGAACUGGGCGAUGGAUCCGAAUCGUGGGAUCAUGUUGGCUCAUAAGAUGAAUGGCGAGGAUCUUCGGCCAGACCAUGGUCGGCCGUUGCGGGCUGUGGUGCCGGGCCAAAUUGGAGGUCGGAGUGUGAAGUGGCUGAAAAAGUUGGUUUUGACUGAUGCGCCAAGUAAUAAUUGGUACCACAUCAAUGAUAAUCGGGUGCUUCCGACAAUGGUCACGCCGGAAAUGUCUGCUCUGGAUUCCAAGUGGUGGACUGAUGACCGAUAUGCGAUUUAUGAGCUCAAUGUCAAUGCCGUCGCUGUGUAUCCGCAGCAUGAGGAAGAGAUCGAUCUAGCCACGACUGGACCUACGUAUACAGUCAAGGGAUAUGCAUAUGCCGGUGGUGGUAGGACGAUAACGAAAGUUGAGAUUUCUCUUGAUAGCGGCAAAUCAUGGCGUCUUUCUGAGGUCGAAUACGCAGAAGACAAAUACCGAGACUUCGAAGGUGACCUGUUCGGCGGCAAGGUCGACAUGUGGUGGAGAGAAGCAUCUUUCUGCUGGUGUUUCUGGUCAUUGGAAGUCUCAGUCGCAAACCUAGAAGCCAGCAAUGCGAUUAUAGUCCGUGCAGUGGAUGAGGCAUUAAGCGCUAUGCCGCGUGAUAUGUACUGGUCUGUCCUAGGCAUGAUGAACAAUCCAUGGUUCCGAGUUGCAAUCACGAAGGAGGGAACGAAGCUGAAGUUUGAGCACCCUACACAUCCAGCCAAAGCUGGGGGAUGGAUGGAAAGAAUCAAGAAUACUGUCGAGCCAGAGCCUGCGAAUGAAAUAAACAUGAAAAAGGAGGAGGUGAAUCGAGUGAUCGACUUCCAAGAGCUCAGGGAAAAUAGCAGCAGCGAGAAGCCUUGGUUUGUGGUCAAUGGCGAAGUCUAUGAUGGCACGGGCUUCCUUGAAGGCCAUCCCGGAGGAGCCAUCAGUAUCACAUCUUCCGCAGGGCUGGAUGUAUCGGAGGACUUCCUUGCAAUCCACAGUGAAACCGCCAAGGCAAUGAUGCCGGACUAUCAUAUUGGCACAUUAGACAAGGCUUCUCUCGAGGCCCUGAAGGGUAAUUCAACCACAAUUUCAGACGAGUCACGCGAGAUAUUCCUGCAGUCACGAGCAUGGACAAAAGCCACACUCACAGAGAAGAAGGAUGUCUCGUGGGAUACACGAUUGUUCGUCUUCGACCUGGAACACACGAAGCAGACGCUUGGCCUACCGAUCGGUCAACAUCUUAUGAUCAAGGUACAGGAUCCAUCCCACAACAAAGCAGUCAUUAGAUCGUACACUCCAAUCUCAGACACAAACCUGAAAGGCAAGAUGGAGUUACUCGUGAAAGUCUACUUCCCAACAGCCACCACCCUAGGAGGAGAAAUGACCAUGGGCCUGGACAAGCUCCCCCUCGGCUCCCAAAUCGACUGCAAAGGCCCGACCGGCCGGUUUGAAUAUCUCGGAAAAGGACAAGUUUCGAUCAGCGGCAAGAAGCGCCAGCUACGUUCCUUCAAGAUGAUCUGUGGAGGGACGGGAAUUACCCCGAUCUUCCAGGUUCUGCGGGCUGUUAUGCAAGAUAUGCAAGAUCCCACGACAUGUGUUGUCCUUGACGGGAACAGACUGGAGGAAGAUAUCCUGUGUCGAUCCGACCUGGAUGCUUAUGUGGAGACUGAUGGUCGAAAAUGUACUGUUGUGCAUACAUUGACUAAAGGGUCUGAUACCUGGACUGGUCGACGAGGGCGUAUUUCCGAGGAACUGCUUGCGGAAUAUGCGGCACCAGAGGAGCAUAGUAUGGUCUUGAUUUGUGGACCUGUGUCUAUGGAGAAUUCUGCUCGGGAUAUUCUCGUUGCGCAAGGCUGGGCCAAGUCAGAUCUUCACUUCUUCUAG